CUUCUUCCUCUUGGACGGGAUUAAGUAGACAGAUCAAAUCAAUACUACAAUGAGUAGAUAUUUGGAUUAGAUACAGGCUGAAUGUCACUCCUCACACAGUUUUACGCCUCGCUUUGACGUCUCGCCUCUUGUUCGUCGUGUUGAAUUAACCGGGAGCCGUCGUCUGACAGCCGCAGUAGAUUAUUGUUGCUCGGAGCGGAUCGCAGCCAUGAUGGCGUCAAGCUACAACGCUAAGGAAGAGGACGGACAUCACUCCGGCGCUUCGAGUCACGGAGCCGCCGGGGCUGUGAAGAGCAAGAAGCCGGACAACACGGCGUUCAAACAGCAGAGACUACCAGCCUGGCAGCCCAUCCUGACGGCAGGCACCGUGCUGCCUGCUUUCUUCGUUAUCGGUCUCAUUUUCAUCCCCAUCGGCAUCGGCCUGUUCGUCUCCUCAAACAACAUUAAAGAGUUCCAGAUUGAUUACACCGGUGUCGACAUCUCCAGUCCAUGCUACAGCUGUGCCAAGAACUUCAGCUGGAACAGCACAACACCGUGCGUCUGCUACGUGCCCUUCACAUUAAAUCAGUCAUUUGAGAGCAAUGUCUUUAUGUACUACGGCUUAUCCAACUUCUAUCAGAACCACAGACGCUAUGUGAAGUCCAGGGAUGACAGCCAACUGAAUGGUGACCGGUCUGCUUUGACGAACCCCAGCAAGGAAUGUGAACCAUACCGUACAAGUGAUGGACUGCCCAUCGCUCCAUGUGGGGCUAUAGCUAACAGCCUUUUCAAUGACACUUUGGAGCUGUAUCACAUUGAUUCCAAUGGCACCAGUAAUCCUAUUCCUCUGGCAAAGAAGGGCAUUGCGUGGUGGACAGACAAGCAUGUGAAGUUCAGGAAUCCUGGUGGAAACAACAACCUCAGUGUAGCUUUCCAUGGCACAAAUAAGCCGGUGAACUGGAGGAAUCCGGUGUACGAGUUGGACCCAUCAGAUCCUGAGAACAACGGCUUUAUCAACGAGGACUUCAUUGUGUGGAUGCGCACAGCUGCGCUGCCCACCUUCCGCAAGCUCUAUCGCAUCAUCCAGAAGAAGCCCAACACGACCCCCACACUACCCAGUGGCAAAUACUUGUUGACCAUCACUUACAAUUACCCUGUGCUCAGUUUUGACGGUCGCAAGCGGAUGAUCCUGAGUACCAUCUCCUGGAUGGGAGGGAAGAACCCCUUCCUCGGCAUUGCCUACAUCACAGUGGGCUCCAUCUGCUUCUUCCUGGGUGUGGUUCUGCUCAUCAUCCACCAUAAAUAUGACACCCGCAACAACAGCGCAGAUAUCCCAAACUAAACUAUUCUUGUAUCACCUUUUCCUGCCUCUGCAUGCAUGGGUGACCCGGAAGGGUCUGUUCUGGACUGCUUGUUGGUCUUAGCGUGAUUACACUGGUCUCUAAUCGUCUGUUGUGUGUUUGUGUAAGGACAGCACUGUCUCAGGUGUGUCAUCAAAAGCUGUGUUUAUGUGUAGGUCAACUAAUGCAAAAGAAGGAUGCUGGGGAUCUGUCUCUCUGUGCAUAUAUCUUCAAGUCAGCUGCUGAGAAUGUCAUUUCCUGUCUUCAAAAGAAAGUUUUUAUCUUCUAUUUAUCUAUACAUUAUCAAAGUAUCUGUGUUUUUAUUUUAUUUUAGCAGUGCUUUGCGAAUGGCUUAAUUCUUGAAGGAUGUAUGUAUUUUUAAUGCAAGUUUUUGUCAAUACUGUGUACUGUAAUAUGUCCUGCUGAUGAAUGUACCAUUAUAUUUCCUUGACAUACCUCUGUAGUUCUUUUGAGUUACCUUGAAUAUAUGAUAAUCACUGCUCGUGUGCUGUUUAUUAUAUUAAGCAUUGAUGUUUAACGAGAAGUAUUUUAACCAUUUGAAAGACAGAAUACUCAUGACGAGUAGUACCAAAAGUGUGGCUAUCUCCCCUCUGCUGUGACUGGUUGUAUAAAGAGAUUGAGCCAGUCGUGAAUCACCUUUAAAAAAUUAUAAUAUCAACAAUGGAAACAUUUUAAUCUUACACCACUAUAUCCAGUAUUCCGUCUUCUAAAACUGAGCAGCGUCUCCGACUCAUCAUCAUCGUUUUCACAGUUUGGCCUGCGUGUUGAGUUAUCUUGAGUUCUUUAAUGUUUGACCAAAUAAUAUGCACUUUAAAAGUGUUGCAUUUGUUAGUUUACUCGCCCCCCUCUUGUUUCAACUUCUGUUAAAAUGUGGCGUUGUUGAAUUUAUUAUUAAUCAUGAGUUCGUUGUCUAAAUUGGAAAUUUUAUGGGUUUUUAUAAGAUUUAUAGGGUCCAAAUAAACAACUUGCUGAAUGUAA